CACGGCAGAAGCACUCAAGGCAUCUGCAGCAACAAGUGUGCACCAUCAAGCGCGCUCCCCUGCCUUGAGCCCUUCCUUGAUCCUUCCAAAUUUGCUAGCUGGUAUUAAUGGAGAGCUCCUACAGUUCAACUUCAGCCGUGCCGAUGGAGGCCGGCGACGCGAUCGCGCAGUUCCUCGGGCUCGGGGCUGAGGCGCACGGCGGCCAUGGCUCUCACGGCUGCUUCGCCUACGAGCAGCAGGACGAGUCCAUGGCGGCCAUGGCGGCCAUGUUAUUCAUGCCUGGCCUCGACACCGACUCCAACUCCUCCUCCAGCUGCCUCAACUACGACGUGUCUCCGCAUUGCUGGCCUCAGCCCCAGCCGGGCCAUGCUCAUAGCUCCAGCGUCACCAGCUUCCUCGACCCGGCCGCUCACGGCUUUGAGGGCUUCGAGUUCCCGGUCAUGGAGAUGGGCGACGACCCGUUCCAGCAUGCGCACUUCGAGCCGCGUUGCACCACCAUUCCCUUCCUCGGGGAGGAAUUUCUGGGCAACCAUUCAUCAGGCGCCACCGGAGGGGAUGAGGCGGCGAAUGAUCACGCGCCGGUGAAUAACAAGAGGAAGUCCUCCAGUUCCGCCAUGCCGGCUUCAAAGAAGGCCAAGAAGGCAGGGAAGAAGGGUCUCACCGGCAACGAGAACGACGAGGGCGGCGACGCCUAUAUCGUCGACCCGCAGAGCUCCAGCAGCUGCACCUCGGAGGAUGGGGAUGUGGAUGGCAAUGCCAAGUCGUGCUCCAAGAAGACAGGCACCAGAGCCAGCCGUGGGGCGGCCACUGACCCACAGAGCCUCUAUGCAAGGAAGAGGAGAGAGAGGAUCAACGAAAGAUUGAAAAUCCUUCAGAACUUGGUUCCCAAUGGAACAAAGGUUGACAUCAGUACAAUGCUGGAGGAAGCAGUGGAGUAUGUCAAAUUUAUGCAGCUUCAGAUUAAGCUGUUGAGCUCCGACGACACGUGGAUGUACGCGCCUCUAGCUUACAAUGGGAUGAACGUCGGCAGUUUUGAUCUGAACAUCGCUGCUCUGCGAAAGUAAAUAUCACCCCGGAGAUGUGUCGCUAACAGUGAACUGCAUAGGGAUUAAUUGAUUCUGGUCCUUAUAUAUAGUACAAAAUGGCAUACAAAUGUAAUGAACUUUGUUUUGUUUUUUCUUUAUGUUCCUUGGCAUGCCCACGAGGUUAUACAAAGAAGUAAUCAUGAUCAUGUAAAUGAUCAAAGAUCACAGUGAUAUGAUUGACUUCAUUUUGUGAGCAUCCCUGUACAUAUCGCAAGGUUGUUAUCUAACUCUAGAGCAUGUUAACUUAA